AUGGAAAAGAAGAUGUCCACCGAAAAGUCGACCCCGGUUGAUAUCGAACCGGCCUCGACGGACGGCCAGGUGUCUGGCGAUAUAGAUCCGGCCGUGGAGCGGUCUUACGUCCGCAAGGUGGACGUCUUCCUGCUUCCUCUUCUCUGCCUCAUGUACUUCUUCGACAAUAUCGACCGGAGUAACCUGGGAAAUGCAAAGACCGAUGGCCUGGAUCGGAACCUGCAUUUCGUCGGAAACGACUAUUCCCUGCUCAUCCUGCUGUUCUACGUGCCGUUUGGUCUCUGCGAUUUGCCCUGGAAUCUUUUGACCAAGCGGUAUUCUGCGAGGUGUCCCUCGCAUGGGGAAUUCUGGGGAUGCUUCAAUGCGCCACGCAUAGUUUCGGCGGAUUGCUCGCCGUACGGCUUCUUCUGGGGUAACGCCAUGCAUGUCCCUGCGAGUACACGAGAAAAACUAACCGCUCCAAGCAUCUUCGAAGCCGGCUUCUACGCAGGGGUCACCUACUACCUCACCCUCUUCUACACGCGAAGCGAGCUCGGCUUCCGACUCGCCAUCUUCCAGUCCUUCGCCGUGAUAUCCGCCGCAUUCAGCGGUCUCAUCGCGUACGGCGUCUUCCAGAUCGACAACCCGCACGUCUACGGGUGGCAGUGGCUGUUCAUCAUCGAGGGCGGAAUGACUUUUCUCUGCGGCAUCGUGGCUUGUUUCUGGCUGCCCGCGAGGCCGCAGACGGCCUGGUUCUUGAACGAGGCGGAGAGGAGCGUCGCCACGGCCCGGCAGCUGCGGAAUAACUCCUCGGCUGUUGAGAGCAGGUUUAAUCUCCGGGAUUGCUUCAGGCAGUGGUCUGGAUGGAGGUUUCCUGUGUGGUGUGUGAUUACGCUGACGUAUCCGGUUGCGUUUGCGACGACGGGGAAUUUCUUGCCCCAGAUCGUCCAACGUCUAGGCUUCUCGACGGUCAAAACAAACCUCUGGACCGUCGCCCCCAACGCUGUCGGGGCCGUCGUCCUGCUCGUCGUCUGCAAGUCCUCGGAUUACUUCCGCGAGCGCACAUUCCACAUCAUCGUCUCCCUCAUCAUCUCGCUGGUCGGAAUGAUCAUCCUGGCCGCCAUCGACGCGGUGGAGAACAAGGGCGUGGCGUAUUUUGCAUGCUUCAUGAUGGCCGGGGGGGCCUACAUCCCGUCCAUCCUCGUGCAUGCCUGGCACAACAACAACAAUCUCAACGAGAACUCGAGGGCCGCCAAUACGGGGCUGUUUGUCGGUCUGGGGAAUCUGGGCGGCAUUCUGAGCGCAGCUACCUUUCGGACGGAAUAUGCGCCGAAGUAUGCUCCCACACUGAUCGCCACGAGCUGCUGCAACGGCGUCUGCAUUGUGUUCACGCUCGUCCUGGGGCUGUGGAUGAAGAGGGAGAACGCUCGACGGAACCGCGAGCAGGGAGUCCAACUGCGCGCCGGGGAUGUUGAUACCAGGGAAUUGGCGGAUGGCGAGAACAGCCCUCAAUGGCGAUAUUUUACCUGA